UUUAACUUCAAGUGAUAUUAUAGAUGUUUAUGGAUUCACAGAAGAUCUAAAUACUUCAAAAUAUAUGGUAGUAAUGGCGUAUGCAAAUAAAGGUAAUUUAAGACAAAAUUUAACAAGAAUAGUCGAAAAUAAUUGGAAUCAAAAAUUAUAUAUGUUGUACGAAAUUAUUUCUGGGCUUAGUAAGAUACAUGGAAAAAAUCUUAUUCAUUGUGAUUUUCAUGAUGGUAAUAUUUUAAAUCAUAAUGAUGAGAAUAAGGAUAAAAUUUAUAUUAGUGAUUUAGGAUUAUGUCAACCUGUAAAAUCGUUUUUGAAAAAGUAUGAUAUUUAUGGUGUUAUACCAUUUAUGGCUCCUGAAGUUUUAAGAGGCAAACCUUAUACUCCAGCUAGUGAUAUAUAUGGGUUUUCUAUGAUUAUGUGGGAACUUACAUCCGGGGUACCACCAUUUAAUGAUAGAGCACAUGAUAUUCAACUUACUUUAAGUAUUUGUAAAGGUGAACGUCCUGAAAUCAUUGAAAAUACUCCACAAUGUUAUGUAAAUUUAAUGAAAAAAUGUUGGAAUGAAGAUCCAUUAAAAAGGCCAUCUGCAUUAGAGGUGAAAGAUAUUAUUGACAAUUGGAUUUUCUAUCCUUAUGAAGUCAGUGAAGAAUUAAAAAGCAACAUUAUUGAAUUUAUAAAUGCACCAAUUGGGCGUAACAAGCUUGCUACUAAAUCUCACUCUAAAGCAUGUUAUACAAGUCGCUUACUUGAUUUUACUAGUAAAAAAUUGAAUGAAGUUCUUGAAAGUGAAAAUUUACAAGCAGAUGAGAGUACUAGUAAAUUGUUGAAUGAAAUUCUUGAAAGUGAAGAUUCACAAGCUACUAGUGUAAAAGCAAAUAAAGUGCUAGUAAGUGAAGAUAUGAGUGAUUAUAUAAUUAAGGAUUUGGGGUCAUUGGAUAUUAAACCAGAUGAAAAUUAACUAAUCAUUAUUUGUUUUUAAAAAAAAUUUAUAGUUUUUUUUUAAUUGAUAUUUGAUAUUACACAUUCAAAAGAAAUUGUUCUUUAUUUUAUUCUUUUAAACACUAAGGCUAGAGUAGUAAAAUAUUUUACAAGUUAUUUAGUUUGUAAUUUAAAUAAUUCCUUUUUUUUAGCUU